UCCAGGUCAAGGCGCAGCGGGGGCCGGGCCUACGCUGGCUAGCCCGCCUUUUUCGAAAAGGCAGCGGCGGUGUCCGGCUGCUUCAGGAGCGAGCAGGAUGGACGAAGCCGCCGGGGAUUUGAAGCAAGCGCUGCCGAAUGUGUGUGACAACGUGCAGAUACACGUGGAGGUCCAUCAGAAAUCGAGCAGCACGGCCAAGAAAGAAGAUAUCAGGAUGGGUGUCUUAAAGCUGUUGAACAGACAUAACAUUGUGUUUGGCGAUUACAAGUGGACGGAGUUUGAUGACGGUUUCCUUAACAGCAACGUGCAGUCCGUGUCCAUUGUGGAUACAGAGCUGAAACUGAAAGACAGACAGCCUAUUGACUUGAGCAAAAGCAAUCUUUCUCUUCAUAUUUUUCAUCUGAAUGAAGAGGGACCAAGCUCUGAAAACCUGGAAGAAGAGAAUGAGGAUAUCAUUGCAGCAAACCACUGGGUGCUACCAGCAGCUGAAUUCCAUGGCCUUUGGGAAAGUCUUAUAUAUGACAGUGAAGUAAAAUCGCAUUUACUUGAUUAUGUGACGACAACAUUACUGUUUUCUGACAAAAAUGUUGACAGCAACCUGAUCUCGUGGAACAGAGUUGUUUUGCUGCAUGGCCCUCCUGGAACCGGUAAAACCUCUCUCUGUAAAGCAUUGGCUCAGAAGCUGGCAAUUCGACUGUCAUACAGGUAUAGAUAUGGACAGUUAAUUGAGAUAAACAGCCAUAGCCUUUUCUCGAAAUGGUUUUCUGAGAGUGGCAAACUUGUAACCAAGAUGUUCCAGAAGAUUCAAGAGUUAAUUGAUGACAAAGAUGCUCUUGUAUUCGUACUGAUUGAUGAGGUAGAAAGCCUCACGGCAGCCCGCAGCGCCUUCAAGGCGGGCACGGAGCCUUCAGAUGCUAUUCGUGUGGUGAAUGCUGUACUGACACAAAUAGAUCAGAUUAAAAGGUAUCCCAAUGUAGUUAUCCUGACUACUUCAAAUAUUACGGAGAAAAUUGACAUGGCCUUUGUAGACAGGGCUGACAUAAAGCAAUACAUUGGGCCUCCGUCCAGUGCAGCAAUAUUUAGAAUAUAUCUUUCUUGCUUGGAAGAACUGAUGAAGUGUCAAAUAAUAUAUCCUCGACAGCAGCUCCUGACACUCAGAGAGCUAGAGAUGAUAGGCUUCAUAGAAAAUAAUGUGUCACGGUUAAGCCUUGUACUAAAAGAAAUCUCAAGGUAA